AUGCGCAGAAAAUAAUGUGGGCGGAGCAGGCUGAUCGAAGAGAGGGCUCCAGGGAUCGAUCGGCGCAAUAAACAAAGACGGCGACGCUUAUCCUUGUCUUCCAAAAGCUCGAACAAGCAGCUAGCUCAGUCGAUCGGCACUUGAUCAGUCUCCAUCGUCGCCCUAGAGAGAGGAGGAAGGAGCGUGCGCGGUGGGGACUGAGGUUGACGACUGGCCGGAUCACGGUAGAAUGUCCGCCAGCUGGAGAGGAAAGGGCAAACACUCGACACAUCAGACGUCUACAACUCCGAGGAGCAGUGAACUGAGCCUCACAGCGGGUCCUACCACCACCCCGAUCACCGCGAGGGCCGGGGCCUGUCGCCUCACAGCAGUUCAGCAGCCCUGCUCGAGCACCAGCAGCAGCACAGAGACGCCCAUGGACACCACCUACCGCCUCAGCCACAAUAAUGGCAGCAGUCAGGUCAAGAGAAAGCUGGAGAUGGACGCAGCCACGGUGCAGGGGAGUAGGGCCCGCCGGAGGCUCAGUUCCACCUGCUCUUCUGCCGCCGCGGACGAACUACGCUCCCCGCUGUCUACGGAGCGGCGCACGGAGACGUCGCUGGGCACGCUGACGAAGAGGUUCUGCGACUUGCUCCACGCGUCCCCGGACGGAGUUCUAGACCUAAACGAAGCGGCUGAGACGCUGCACGUACAGAAGAGACGGAUCUACGACAUUACCAACGUGUUGGAGGGCGUGGGGCUCAUCACUAAGGCAUCGAAGAACCACAUACGCUGGAAAGCCUCUGAUCCAGAGGAGAUAUACAAGAUUCACGAACGGAAGCAGCAACUGCAGCGAUCGCAGGAGAGAGAGAGCCAACUUGACCAGCUCAUCAGCAUCUGCAAACAGGAGCUCAAUCUUCUCUCAGAAAACCAAGAAAAUUGGCAGUAUCCUUAA